CCACCGCGGCUUCAGCACCAGCGCACGGACAGCGGCGCCGCCCCCGGGCAUGGACGGUGGUAGUCACAGCGGCGGCGGCAGCUGUCCCGCGCCCGGCCCGGGUCCAGAAGGGGAGCAGCGGCCCGAGGGGGAGUCCUUGGCCCCAGACGGCAGCUCCCCAGACAGGUCCCAGACCAAGGUUGUGGCCCCUGAGGCUAGCCCAGAGAGAAGUUGCUCUCUCCACAGCUGCCCCCUUGAGGACCCUUCCAGCUCUUCAGGACCUCCACCAACAACCAACACCCUCCAACCUGUGGGUCCGUCCAGCCCCUUGGCCCCUGCCCAAUUCACCUAUCCCCGGGCACCACAGGAAUACCGGGGGGGCAGUUCCCUGCCAGGGCUUGGGGACCGGACAGCUCUGUGCUCCCAUGGCUCCAGCCUCAGCCCUUCCCCAGCCCCCUCACAGCGUGAUGGGGCCUGGAAGCCACCGUCUGUGCAGCACCAUGUGGUCAGCGUCAGGCAGGAUCAGACCUUUCAGAUGCCAAAGAGCUACUCCCAGCUGAUUGCUGAGUGGCCAGUGGCCAUGCUGCUGUUGUGUCUGGCUAUAGUCCUCCUCUGCACCCUGGCUGGACUGCUUGGGGGCCAGCUGCCGGAAUUCUCCAAGCCCUUGCUGGGCUUUGAGCCACGGGACACGGACAUUGGGCGCAAGCUAGUGGUCUGGAGAGCACUACAGGCCCUUACAGGCACCAAGAAACUACUGUCUCUUUCCCCAGACCUUGAGCUGAACAGUUCAAACUCCCAUACCACUCUGAGCCCCUCAUCCUGGGGCAGUGGCCAGGAGGCCCUCGUCCGGCCUCGGAGGAUGGUUGAGCCCCUGGAGGACAGAAGGCAGGACAGCUUCUUCUGUGGACCCCCUGAGAAGAGUUAUGCACAGCUCGUGUUCAUGUCCACCUCUGAGGGCAGCCUGUGGAACCUGCACGCCAUCCAUUCUAUGUGUCGCAUGGAGCAGGACCAGAUCCGCUCCCAUACUGGCUUUGAGGCCCUGUGCCAACGUACAGCAGCCAAUGAGUGCUGCCCCAGCUGGUCCCUGGGCAAUUAUGUGGCUGUGCUCUCCAACCGCUCUUCCUGCCUGGACACUACCCAGGCUGACGCGGCCCGCACGCUGGCUCUGCUGAGGAUCUGUGCCCUUUACUACCACCGUGGCGUUCUGGUGCCCUCCUGCCUGGGACCUGGGCAGGACAAGCCCCCACGCUGUGCCCAGGUUCCUACCAAAUGCUCCCAGAGUAGUGCAGUCUACCAACUCCUGCAUUUUCUGCUGGACCGGGACUUUCUGAGCCCCCAGACUGCUGACUAUCAGGUGCCCUCCCUCAAGUACAGCCUGCUUUUCCUGCCCACCCCAAAGGGCGCCUCCAUGAUGGACAUCUACCUGGAUCGCCUCGCCACCCCCUGGGGGCUCUCAGACAACUACACCUCCAUCACCGGCAUGGACCUGGGCCUGAAGCAGGAGCUACUGAAGCACUACUUGGCCCAGGACACAGUGUACCCUAUUUUGGCCCUGGCUGCCAUCUUCCUCAGCAUUGCCCUCUAUCUGCGCUCGCUCUUCCUCACGCUCAUGGUGCUGCUGGGGGUGUUGGGCUCCCUGCUAGUAGCGUUCUUUCUUUAUCGCGUGGCCUUCCGAAUGGCCUACUUCCCCUUUGUCAACCUGGCGGCCUUGGUUCUGCUCAGCAGUGUCUGUGCCAACCACACGCUCAUCUUCUUCGACCUGUGGCGCCUCAGCAAGAGCCAGCUGCCCUCUGGGGGGCUGGCACAGCGUGUGGGCCGCACCAUGCAUCAUUUCGGUUACCUGCUGCUGGUCUCGGGCCUCACCACCGGUGCGGCCUUCUAUGCCAGCUAUUUGAGCCGCCUCCCGGCAGUGCGCUGCUUCGCCCUCUACAUGGGCACAGCCGUGCUAGCGCACCUGGUGCUCACUCUCGCCUGGCUGCCCUCUUCCGCUGUGCUCCACGAGCGCUACCUGGUGCGCGGCUGUGCGCCCAGAGCGCAGGGCCCAUGGGGUGGCAGCGCGCCCCGGCGGCUGGCGCUGGCUCUGCACCGGCGGCUCAGCGGCCUUCGGAGGGCGGCCGCCGGAACCUCGCGCCUGCUUUUCCAGCGCUUGUUGCCCUGCGGCGUCAUCAAGUUCCGCUACAUCUGGAUCUGUUGGUUCGCGGCGCUGGCAGCAGGGGGCGCCUAUAUCGCUGGCGUCAGCCCCCGUCUGCGGUUGCCCACCCUACCGCCGCCCCGCGGCCAGGUCUUCCGGCCAAGCCACCCCUUUGAGCGCUUCGAUGCAGAGUACCGCCAGCAGUUUCUGUUCGAGCGGCUGCCUCAGGGCGAGGGCGGCUAUAUGCCCGUGGUUUUGGUGUGGGGCUUCCUUCCGCUAGACACCGGUGACCCCCUGGACCCUCGCAGCAAUAGCUCACUGGUGCAUGACCCUGACUUCUCUGCCAGCAACCCCGAGGCCCAGCGCUGGCUGCUGGCACUCUGCCACCGGGCCAGGAAUCAGAGUUUCUUUGGCGCCCAGCCAGAGGGCUCUCCCACGCUGUGCUUCCUAGAGGCCCUCCAGGGCUGGAUGGAAAGCUCCCACUGUGCCCGCCUGGGGCCUAGCCUUUGUUGUGGUCACUCAGGCUUCCCUUGGGCUCCCCAACUCUUCCUGCACUGCCUCAAGAUGAUGGCUCUGGAGCAGGGCCCCGAUGGCACCCAUGACCUGGGCCCCCGUUUCGAUGCCCACGGCAACCUGGCUGCCCUGGUCCUGCAGUUCCAGACCAACUUCCAGUAUACUUCAGACUACAACCAGGCCCACCGCUUCUACACUGAGGUCAGCCACUGGCUGGUGACAGAGCUGGGCAUGGCGCCGACUGGUCUUCGCCGGGGCUGGUUCACCAGUCGUCUGGAGCUGUAUAGUCUACAACACAGUCUGAGCACAGAGCCUGCCGUGGUGCUGGGCCUGGCACUAGCGCUGGCCUUUGCCACACUGCUGCUGGGGACCUGGAAUGUUCCACUCAGCCUGUUCUCCGUAGCCGCUGUGGCAGGCACGGUACUGCUCACUGUGGGACUCUUGGUUCUACUCGAGUGGCAGCUCAACACUGCUGAAGCCCUCUUUCUCUCUGCUUCUGUGGGACUCUCGGUAGACUUUACUGUCAACUACUGCAUCUCCUAUCACCUGUGCCCACACCCUGACCGCCUGAGCCGCGUGGCCUUCUCGCUGCGCCAGACUAGCUGUGCAACAGCGGUGGGGGCUGCAGCCCUGUUUGCAGCUGGUGUGCUCAUGCUGCCUGCCACAGUGCUGCUCUACCGCAAGCUGGGCAUCGUCCUCAUGAUGGUCAAGUGUGUCAGCUGUGGCUUUGCCAGCUUCUUCUUCCAAUCUCUGUGCUGUUUCUUCGGUCCAGAGAAGAACUGCGGGCAGAUUCUCUGGCCCUGUGCCCACCUGCCAUGGGAUGCUGGUACUGGAGAGCCAAGUAGGGAAAAGACAGGCCACUCCCGACCAGGGCCAGUGGGCGGAGCCCCUGGGCCCUGCUCGGAGCAAUAUGAGCUCCAGCCCCUGGCCCGGCGCCGGAGCCCCAGCUUUGACACGAGCACAGCCACCAGCAAGUUAUCCCACCGGCCCUCGGUCCUCUCUGAGGAUCUGCAACUACAUGAUGGCCCCUGCUGCUCGCGGCCCCCACCAGCACCUGCCUCCCUGAGGGAGCUGCUCCUGGACCACCAGGCAGUCUUCAGCCAGUGCCCAGCCCUGCAGACCUCCUCCCCCUAUAAGCAAGCUGCCACGAGUCCUAAAACCCGAAUCAGGCAAAACUCCCAAGGGCAGAAGGCUGAGCCCCUGCAGACCUCACCUGAAGCCCCAGUCGCCUCCCUGAAGCCCAAGGCUACAGAGCCUUCAGAUUGCCUCUGCUCCUCAGCCAGCACCCUGGAGGGACUCAGUGUCUCUGAUGAGACCUGCCUAAGCACCUCUGAGCCAAGUGCCCGUGUUCCUGAUUCAGUGGGUGCCUCCCCAGAGGACCUGGAUGAAACUGGGCAGUCAGUAUCUGUGCGGGGCCAACUAAAUGGGAAGAGGGACACGCUGUGGCUGGCGCUCAGGGAGACCGUGUACGACCCAUCACUGCCUGCCUCCCACCAAAGCAGCUCAUCCUGGAAGGGCCGUGGGGGGCCAGGACCAGGGCCUGGGGACAGCAGCCCUGUGGUGUUGCCCAACAGCCAGCCAGAUCUGCCAGACGUUUGGCUGCGCAGGCCUAGCACUCACACCUCAGGCUAUAGCAGCUGA